GAAAUUUAACGCCACGGAACAAUUUAACAGUCAAAAUCCACGCCGUAUUGUAAGUCGAUUCCUUGGACGCGAAACCUUGGGGCAUCUUGGAAGGAACCAUGGAGCCAAACCCACUCUUCACAAGCCGUGCGGGACACCCACAUCUCUACCCGUACCGGUAUAAAACCCGACUCCCACCUAUAAUCCACAAUUUCACCGAAGAACCCAAGACCCCGAGGGCAUGUCAGUCGGCCAGAAGUACGCCGAGGACGCGAGCGCCGGCUUGCCGAAAUCGUCGUCCAGCGGUGCGCGGUAUGACCGCCUCUUGUCUGGCCUUGCCGCCGGUGCGCUCGCAGACAUAGAGCCUGACAAGCUCAAGGGCGACAUCCAGCGAUGGGCCAAGGCGGUCGGGGCGCUGCUGCGCCAGCUGAGCUUCGGCGCCUGGCCUGAGAAGAGCGACGGCUCGUCGGAGCACCGGAACGCGGGCGACGAAAGAUGAUUCGGCUUGGACUGGACAGCUGAUGGCACUUCACAGGCGACGGCCGACAAGAUGCUGCUGAAGAUUUCAUUAAUUCAUUCAUUA